UCUUUUGCCAAACCGAGUCGCAUGCCAUCCUUCCCAUUUGAAUACUUGUGGAAAAGAAAACGCAAUAUGGGAAUUUUCAAAAUGACAAUGGCCAUCAAGAUUCUUGGUCAUGGCUGCCCGUCUGCUUGUUUAACCGGUCAUCGAACUUCACAACUAUAUAAACCCAUUCCCACUCCCCAUUUCUUAUUAUUCCUUCGAACUAUCAACAAUUACAAAACACAGCCAUGGCGAUUGGAACUUUGGAGGUCAAAUUGGCAAACGCCAAAGGACUUCGAGGCGCAGAUUUUCUGGGUAGAAUUGACCCUUAUGUUUUGAUUCAGUAUAAAGGCCAAGAACACAAGAGCAGUGUUGCCAAAAAUGAAGGAGGAAGUCCAGUGUGGAAUGAGAAAUUUACAUUCAGAGCAGAGUACCCCGGAAGUGGCGACAACUUCAAGAUCAUCCUCAGGAUCAUGGACCAUGACACCUUCUCUGCUGAUGAUUUUAUUGGCCAAGCCUCGAUAUAUGUGAAAGAUUUAUUAGCUCUUGGAGUUGAGAAUGGCGUGUCGGAGUUAUGGCCUCAAAAGUAUCGUGUUGUGGGAGACGAUCUUAACUACAAUGGAGAAAUUCAAGUAGGAGUGACCUUCACUCAGAAGGUAACAGAAUAUGACGGAGAAGAAUUGGGAGGAUGGAAGCAAAAAACCCUUUGCCACUCCCCGCUUUUUAUUCCUUCAACAUCUCAACAAUCACAGAACACAGCCAUGGCGAUUGGAACUUUGGAGGUCAAAUUGGUCAACGCCAAAGGACUUGGAGGCACUGAUUUUCUGGGUGGAAUUGACCCUUAUGUUCUCAUUCAAUAUAAAGGCCAAGAACACAAGAGCGGUGUCGCCAGAAAUGAAGGAGGAAGUCCAGUGUGGAAUGAGAAAUUUACAUUCAGAGCUGAGUACCCCGGAAGCGGUGACGACUUCAAGAUCAUCCUCAAGAUCCUGGACCACGACACCUUCUCUGCUGACGACUUUAUAGGCCAAACCUCGAUAUAUGUAAAAGAUUUAUUAGCUCUUGGAGCUGAGAAUGGCAUGUCCGAGUUACGGCCUCAAAAAUAUAGCGUUGUGGGAGACAAUCUUAACUACACUGGAGAAAUUCUAGUUGGACUGACCUUCACUCGGAAGGAAACAGAAUAUGAUAGAGAAGAAGUGGGAGGAUGGAAGCAAAGUGAAUACUAAGGUUGGCUUCUUUAGCCUCAAAGAUGAAUGUAUGGAAAAAUUUUCUCUGUAGUAUGUAAUUCUAUAUCUUCAUUUUUCUAUUCUAUAAUUUUGAACAGACACAAUGAAUGUUCUUUUAUAAAGCUAAUUUUCUUGGGAAGGAUGUUUUUUUUAAAGCCUUUUAGUCCUUUUUGAUUCUAUGUUAAAUAAUCCAACUUUGACUUCUUCCAAAUGAAGAUUUGUUGAGUAUUUUAGUUGUGUGA